CAUUGCCUAGCUGCAGCCUACACCGUUGAUUCUAAUAGUCAUAUCGUGUGAAAUGAUCAGCAAGUAGGCUAAAAGGAGAAAAACAGAGAGGCUACGAUAAUGACGAUAUUACAUGGUGCCGCUUUGUUAAAAAGAAAACAAUAACGGGGAAACAAAGACCUGGAAUUCUGCCAGGACUACCUAAGAUGCUGUUGCAGACAGCGUUAUUUCUCGUAGUGACACCGGGGGAGUCAGAUUUUGCUGAUCCCAGCAUAUCCGGAUGACGAUUUUAGGGGUGCUCUUGGAGGAAUAAAAAUACAGCUUGACAAGCUCAAUACCUCCCGAUUAUUCAUCACGCAGCAUCCCCUCAAGCCACCAUAUUUUGGGUUCGAAGCCGCAAAGAGACCAGGAGCCUUCAUCUUCUCGUGUGCGGUUCUUUCUUUACGCACCGCUGUGUUGUCGGAGCCUCCGGUUGCUGCAGAGCAGCUAUACGAUGAAUAACUACAAGAAGUACAGUUGACCGUUGGGCGCCUAGAUGUUUGGGGAAAGGAAAACAACACCGUUAUGACAAAAAGUGACAUCUAUAAAGACCUGUAAAUGUAUCAAAGACCUGCAAUUGUGACCGUUGGAAAAUGUCUUAUCUAUAGAUAACCUCUGGUGACCUGGAGUUUGAACGUGUGAACCGUGUCCCACUCCUUCACCUUGGUAGCAUUCAACAGAGGUGCCAUCCUCACCCCCACUCCUCCACCAUCACCUCCACACUGUGCCUACUAAGAAAAGGCUCGGACAGGCACCCCAAGCAUGACCGUGGCUACAGGCGACCCUGGGGACGAGGCGGCAGCUCUCCCCUGCCAGGCGCAGGACAUGUAUAACCUGGAGUCGGACCACGAGUGCUGCGAGCGUGUGGUCAUUAAUAUCUCUGGCCUGCGCUUCGAGACGCAGCUCAAGACCCUCUCGCAGUUCCCUGAGACACUUUUGGGAGACCCCAAGAAGCGGAUGCGCUACUUCGACCCACUGAGGAACGAGUACUUCUUUGACCGGAACCGACCCAGUUUCGACGCCAUACUGUAUUACUACCAAUCGGGAGGAAGGUUACGGCGGCCGGUCAACGUGACGUUGGACGUCUUCUCCGAGGAGAUCCGCUUCUAUGAGCUUGGGGACGAGGCAAUAGAGAUAUUCCGGGAGGACGAAGGCUUCAUCAAGGAGGAGGAACGGCCACUGCCAGAAAAUGAGUUCCAGCGACAGGUGUGGCUGCUCUUCGAGUACCCAGAGAGCUCAGGCCCUGCCCGCAUCAUCGCCAUCAUCUCGGUGAUGGUCAUUCUCAUCUCAAUCGUCAGCUUCUGCCUGGAGACCCUGCCUAUAUUCCGCAAUGACGAAGAUGACAUGCACAAAGUCUAUCCGACCAACUUCAAUGGGACGUCGGCAUACGCUUCGACCAGCUUCACCGACCCCUUUUUCAUCCUCGAGACUCUUUGUAUUAUCUGGUUCUCGUUUGAGUUCCUCGUCAGAUUCUUUGCCUGUCCCAGCAAAGCUGGGUUCUUUGUGAACAUCAUGAACAUCAUUGACAUUGUGGCCAUCAUACCUUAUUUCAUCACCUUAGGGACCGAGCUGGCGGAAAAGCCAGAGGAUGGUCAGCAGGGCCAGCAGGCCAUGUCGUUGGCCAUCCUGAGAGUUAUCCGACUGGUGCGAGUAUUCCGCAUCUUCAAGCUCUCUCGACAUUCCAAGGGCCUGCAGAUUCUGGGCCAGACUCUCAAAGCCAGCAUGAGGGAGCUGGGGCUGCUCAUCUUCUUCCUCUUCAUCGGAGUCAUCCUCUUCUCCAGCGCCGUUUACUUCGCCGAGGCCGACGAACCCGACUCCCAGUUUGUCAGCAUUCCAGAUGCCUUCUGGUGGGCUGUGGUCUCCAUGACGACCGUGGGAUACGGGGACAUGGUACCCACCACCAUCGGCGGAAAGAUCGUGGGAUCGUUGUGCGCCAUUGCUGGUGUGCUCACUAUUGCCCUGCCAGUGCCUGUAAUUGUGUCCAAUUUCAACUAUUUCUACCACCGUGAGACGGAGGGCGAGGAACAGGCCCAGUACCUGAACACCCCGAGUGUUCCCAAGGCCGACUCCAGCGAGGAGCUGAAAAAGAGCCGCAGUGGCUCCACAAUCAGCAAGUCUGACUACAUGGAGAUACAUGAAGCUGUGCGCAACAGCCACGAGGACUUCCGCGAAGACAACCUCAAGACGGGUAACUGCACCUUGGCCAACACCAACUAUGUCAACACCACUAAAAUGCUCACGGAUGUAUAACCGUCUGCGGAUGUUUCUCAUCAGGAUUUUGGCACACAGAUAGAAAGGCACUAAUCACCCUUUUUGAGGGUGAUUGCUUUAGAGGACUAAUGCAAGUGUAUCCUGAGAGAAGGCCAGGGACAGGAAGCAGGUGAUAUGCAGAGAGAAUGAGAGAGAGUUGUCUUAAUCUCUCUCUUCAUGGACCCUUCCAUUUGCUCUGCUCCUAGGCCAGCCUUCACAAAAGUUAACCUACUGAACAGGUCUGGCGUUUGCAUGGAAUUAAUCUCACAUGUGAUUAUUCUGUUGUCAUGCUGCUCACCAUCAUAGCCAGAUAGCUGAAUAAGGAUAGCAUACUGCAUAAGAGACUCGUGGGUGUCCCACGCGUAACAUAACGCCCCAAACACACUGCCAGUAUAUUAAGGUUUUCCCUUGCUCUUACAUCAAAGACAGGUGUUGUCGGUCCAUUGCCUCAGAGCAAAUCCAAAUGGCUUAGCUCAGCCCUGUAAAGCUACAUACCCUGAAUAAUACCAACAGGGUUUAUGUAGGUGGAAAGAAAAACAGAUAAUUCACUGCCACCCCUGCCUACAUGAUGUCUCAUGUAAGCACCAGAAGUAUGUCACGUUCCACUUUAUGUUUGGCACUUAUAAAGGAACCUGUGCAUGAUUUACUGUUGCAGAAGGUAGACGAUAGGUAGAUGAUAUUUUUAGAGUGAUAUUAUUAGUAGCACAAAGUUUUACCGUGUCUCUGCUUCCAUAGUUCAUGGGCCAAUGGAUGUAGAAAAAAAAGCCUAUUUAUUCUUUGUCAAUAUCAGGCUGACCAGCGAGCGACAUCCUGUCAACACAAAUGAGCAAAUGUUUCUUAGGUGAUACGUGAUACUGUCCAUUCCCACAUAUCACAGGUUCUUUAUUUUAAUGUACACAGCUGGCUCACAUGGUGUUGUUUUUAUUCACCGAGGCAUGGAAUGUUCUUGGGUACAGAUUCAUGUCAAACAAGAAAGAAUCCAAGAGGUGAAAAUUAACCAUUUACAGAGGUAGCCGCAAGAUGCUUUCAUUCAUUCCAUUCCUCUCAUACUGCAUCACUACUAGUCACUGUCUAACCUAUACACCUGUGUUAUCCAGCAAUGCCCCCCUAAAAACUUCAUAGCAUUCCACAUUUUAUACAAACAGUAUUACUAGAGUCAUUUUAUGACGGUAUAGGCAUUCCAAUAAGCAAAUGUGCAAUUGGGAAAGAAGUAUGGUAGGGUCGGGUGGGUAGACAUUUAACUGUGAUAUCGGCAGCCUAAUAAGCAAAUAUUGUAGUUAGCUCGCUAGACAAGUCACCAAAGACAAAAAAAAAUCACUGCCACUGUAGUUUUCCUGCAUUUUUGAAGAUUUUUCAUUAAUCGGUUUUAUUAGCAAUCAUCUGUAGCUCCAUUGAUGUCAUACAAAAACAAGCUAUUGGUGCAUGUUUUUCAUUCCGUAAUGCUGCAGACAAUUUGGUGACACCUGUGUUCAAAAUAUGCUUCCUACAAACAGCUCUUUGUAAAAUAAGAUCUAUACAAUUACUCUAGUGCUGCAUGCCAUCUAUACAUUCCAUAUAUAGCAUGCAUUUGGAAUGAGUGGUACCUAAAACACUAGUAAUAUGUGUUUAUAUCUCAGAAUAAACUUCUCUGUGAGACAUUAAUGCUAUGUGCAAUAUGAGAGAGUGUAGAGUUGUGUAUAAUAUGUUGAGGUUUUAAUAAAUUCCAAAAUGUCAUAGUUUAGUUCUACUCAGUUGCAGACAACCACAUUGCUUCGCUCGAGUCACUAGGCCCCCUUACAACAGGUUUCACUCACGGGAAGGUUGCUCAUUUUUUCCUCAUGUCUGAAUCGAAGGAAGCCAAUGUUGCAUUAGAAAGUGUUCAAAGCAUCACUUUUGAGAUGUCUGAUUGACAUGCCAUAGUUUCUCAGUCAUAACAGAAGAUGUUCCCUUUCUGAAUUCCAAUGACAAAUAAACGAUAGAUGACAUCUCCACACCGGCAUGUGAAAGUUGCCGCCAGAGUAGUGUACAUAUUACUGUAGUUCCAAAUCCUGUUUAUGCUUCCUACAUAGUUUUAGUCAGCAUUCAACAGCACAUUAGGUUAGACUAAUGAACUAGAUGAAGGUCUACGGGACUGUUGCAUUGUAUGCAGAAUAAAGUCGUAGGAAGUUUAAGCAGUGUGCAGAAUUACUUGUUGUUAUAUUAGACAGAUACAAAUGCUGGAGGCAUUUCAUAAUCUAGGGAACAAAGUUACCACAGUUUAUGCAUGCAAAAGGGGAGAUUAAGAAGGUUCUGAGUUUUUUUUAGUGCUGACUAAAACAGGGAUAUUUGUAUUUUUUUACAUGAUGAUUUUACAUUUUUAUGA